AUUAUAAUAUUCAUAAUUUGUUUACGAUUUCUUGCAGAUGCAGCACCCACACAGUCACAUGCGGCGAAUACGGCAUCUCAACAUAUUUCUGCUGCUGCUGCUCUACUUGUCACAAAUCAAAGCUUGGCGACCAUGUCCAGAGCUCAGUCCGGCAUUGCGUUUACCCUGCAGGUGUAAUGUGGUGCCAUUCGCCUCGACGGGACAGCUCGGCGCGGUGGCGAUGGACUGCGAUCGUGUCGUCUUCCAUGGUGAGGCGCCGCAAUUGCCGUAUGGCGCGCCGAUUGUCUCCUACUCGCAGCGCCACAGUGGCCAGCAGGUUUUGCCAUCACAGAGUUUUGGCACGCUGAAAUUACCCAUUGAAGAGUUGGAUCUUUCGAACAAUCUGAUACGCCGCAUACCAGAGAAAUCCUUUCUCGGCCUGAAAGAGUCACUCACAGAGUUACGCUUAGCGAAUAAUCUGCUGGGCGACAGCCUAAAUCCGAUAUUUUCCACCGCCGAAUUUCAUCCGCUGAAAAAUCUGAAAACGCUCGACCUAUCCGGCAACAAAAUCAAAUCGAUCGAAGAGGGUCUGCUCAAAGGCUGCGCCGACUUGAAGGAUUUCUAUGUGGAUCGUAAUUGUCUAUCUGCCGUCCCAUCCAACUCACUCAAUGGCCCAAAUGCGCUGCGACUUCUUUCUUUGCGUCAUAAUUACAUAACAAUACUCCAUUAUGAAGCAUUCAUCGCACAACCUGAACUGGAAAUCGUCGAUCUGCGCCACAACGAAAUCAAAACGAUCGAGGGUCUGGCAUUUCAAGGUUUACGCGCUAUACGCGAAAUCAAAUUGGCCGGAAAUCGCAUUACCAAUUUGAACAGUGACGUUUUCGAGCAUAUACCCACUUUGCAGAAACUAGAUCUCUCCGAAAAUUUCAUACCUCAAUUCCCAACUGUGUCGCUGGCAGCUAUCGGAAAUCUUAAAUCACUGAAUUUGUCCUCGAACAUGUUGCAGCGAUUGGAUUACACGCAUAUGCAGGUGGUUAAGACCUUGGAGGUAUUGGAUUUGAGUCGCAAUGGCAUUACCACCAUACCGCCAGGCACAUUCCGCGAUCUGGCCGAACUCAAAUAUCUCGACUUGAGCUUGAAUUCGCUGCGUACCAUUGAAGACGAUGCGCUGGAGGGUCUGGAUAACCUGCAAACUCUCGUCAUACGCGAUAAUAAUAUCUUACUCUUACCGGGUAGCGCUUUGGGACGCCUGCCGAGUUUGACCACCCUGCAUUUGGAUUUCAAUCGUGUUGCUGCCUUGUCAAGUGAGAUUUUGGGUUCCAUUCAAGCAGAGGAUAUCACAUCCUUAUCAUUAGCGCGCAAUGUCAUACGCGAACUACCGACUGGCAGUUUCCAAACAUUUGCCAAUCUGCGUACACUCGAUCUUUCCGGCAAUUCGUUGGCCGUCAUUAGCGCAGACAUAUUCUUGGGCUUGGAUCAAUCGCUGAAUGAGCUGAAACUAUCACAGAACCGCAUUACUGGCUUGGGCGCAACGCCGCUUGCCUUAACCGAACUGCGUAGUCUCGAUCUGAGCUCAAAUAACCUCGCCGACUUGCCACGCAAUAUCUUGCAGGGUUUAGAGAACUUGCAAUAUCUCAAUCUCAGCGGUAAUCACCAUUUAUCGCCUUUACCGGCCGCGCUUAUACGACCGCUUUCGCAUCUGCAAGUCAUCGAUUUGAGUAACUGCGCGCUCAAACAAAUGUCCGGUGAUCUGUUUGCCACACUACAAGACCUGAAGCACAUCUAUCUGCAUGACAAUAAUUUACAAGAAAUUAACGAUGGCAGUUUUGUCGAUCUUUGGAAUAUCACAUCAAUCGAUUUAUCAAAUAAUCAAAUCACUUCCAUCAGACCGGGUGCUUUCGUGAAUGUGAUGCACAUCAAGCGACUCAAUCUGCGCGACAAUCAGUUGUCGGCUUUUAAGGGUGAAUUCUUCAACACCGGCACUGGUUUAGAGGAACUCGACAUUUCGAAUAAUCACCUCACUUAUCUUUUCCCUUCUUCAUUCCGCAUACAUCCGCGCUUGCGUGAAAUCAAGGCGGCAAAUAAUAAAUUCAGUUUCUUCCCCGCCGAACUCAUUUCGUCGCUGCAAUAUCUGGAGUACGUCGACCUGUCACACAACCAACUCAAAUCGAUAGAGGAGUUGGAUUUCGCGCGUCUACCGCGACUACGUGCGCUGCUCGUCGCUUACAAUCAGCUGGACAUGCUCAGUGAGAUGGCUUUCCACAACUCGACUCAACUGCAGAUUCUCGAUUUAUCUUACAACAAUUUGGAUCGCAUUGGUGAACGCACAUUCGAAGGUUUAGUGCGUCUGGAGUUGCUCAAUCUCGAGGGCAAUCAACUGACUGAACUCCCCGAUUUGAUAUUUGAGCGUUCGAAAUUGCAAAUGCUCGAAAAUAUAAACUUGGCUAAAAACAAAUUCGAUUAUGCGCCACUUAAUGCACUACAACGUCAAUAUUUCUUCGUCUCGUCAGUUAAUUUGAGUCAAAAUAAAAUACGCGCUAUACCUGCUGAUGACAGUAUUAUGGUAAAUAUCAAAGAUCUUGACUUGUCAUACAACCCACUAAGCGAAGGUGCUGUGCGCAACAUACUCAACGAGCCGAAAACUGUACGCGCGCUUAACUUAGCCGGUACUGGCAUUGCUCAUCUUGAGCCACUGGAGACGCCUUUCUUACAGUAUUUAAAUCUCUCGCAUAAUAACCUCAAAACCAUCGAUGCUGACAUCUUUCAACGCACAACGCUGCUUGAAACGUUGGAUCUGUCAGACAAUCACAUAGAGAGCCUAAACGAACUGGCAGAUGCUUGGCCAAAACUGCAAUCGCUGCACACUUUGGAUCUUUCGAAUAACAGUUUUGAGGUUAUCUCACAAGAUAAUUUCGAAAACUUAGACAUGCUGCGCGUGUUGCGACUUAAAAGCUUGCCGCAAGUUAAUCGCAUCGAGAAGAACGCCUUCAAACAUAUGCCAAAUUUAGAGAAACUCGAGGCGUACGAUCUACCUUUGUUGGGCUACCUCGAUGUGCAAGGUAUACUCGAGCUAUUGCCUGGACUUGAAGACAUCGAUUUAGAAGUGAAAGAUUCAACUAUAGGUACCGAACAGAUACAACCGGCUAAGCAUCCUCGUCUUAAAACAAUCGGUAUACGCGGAGAUCGUCUGAAGACUAUCUCCUCCGGCACGCUGGCCGGUUUGAAAAGCAGUGACCUCACCAUCAAACUGCAAAACACAUCGCUUACAACGCUGCCACCAGCUCUACUAUUCCCUGUGCCACGGUCUUCACACCUAAAUCUCGACAUUACUGGCUCCAAAGUCACCGUGUUGGUGCCACAAUUCCUUACCGCUCUCGAGGAUCGCCGCUCCAGUUUGCAACUGAAAGGACUUGCCACAAAUCCCAUACACUGUGACUGUAAUGCACGUGCGCUACGCCGCUGGUUACCCAAUUCACAUAUGACCGAUGUAGAGUGUCAAUCGCCUGCCUUCCUGGAGGGUAAGAAGCUCAUCGAAGUCGGCGACGACGAAUUGACGUGUGAUCCACGACGCAUGACCUCCACAACGGCGCGCAGCACCUCACAACAUAUGUUGAAAUCAUCCUCGCGUCUCGUGACACGCCCCACCACCACCACCACCGAGGAACCAAUGAUCAUCUGGAGCUUGGAGCCCACACAAGCGCCACCGAUGAAAAUCAAAACCAAAGCCCCACUCAUGAAGGCGCCCAUUAUGAGUAACGACGACACACUUAUUAUCGGUAUUGUUGGUGGUGUCGUGGCCUUCAUUGCCAUACUUAUCAUUAUCAUCUGCAUUGUGCGUUUGCGCAUGAGCAAUGUGGAGUAUCACCAAGGACCGGCCAUGAUCGGUAUACCGCCAAUGCCAAUGGGUCCGGGUAGUGUACCAAUGAAUUUCAAGGGUGCCCCCACCGCACUCUAUGCCGUUCCACCAUAUGCGGCACAAAGUUAUGCUACUCUGCCACAUAAAGCACCGUCCAUACACCAGUCUACACAGAAUCUGUCGCAGCGUGCCGCUACACAAAAUGGCCAGAACUCAUACUCGACUAUGUCGCGCAUGUCGUACUUUGGUGGCACGCAGCAACAGGCCUCACCGCAGUCCAAUGGUCAACAGCCGUACAUUAUCUAUUCGGAUGACAAAGUCUAUAGAUAAGGUCCUUACAGGGUCAAUGUGGCGAUGCAAGCAAUUUCACUUGGUGUUCAAUCAGUGCUGGGUGGUGAGUCCGCCGUCAGCAUACAUACAUACAAAUAUUAUAUAUACAUGUAUAUGUACUUUCAGUCAGUUGUGUAACAUUUACGCAACGUGUUUAUAAUAUUUUCUUUUAUUUGAUUUGAUUUUAUUUUUUUUUCAUUAUAAUUUUUUUAUUAUUUCUUUAGCAUUUUUUCUUAUACAAAGCAAAUUUUCACAUUUAAGCGUGCGCGAGCUUGAAGCUUGUCCCCUAGAGUUAAGUUAUUAUUAUCACCGUAGUCGUAAGAAGGAAUGUUGAAAGUGUACAGUUUGUACAUAUAAAUAUGUGUAUCUAACGGUAAAAAAUGCAAAUCGGUUCUUUGUCUAUUAUUUAUAGUCAAUUUAUAAUAAUAUACAGGGUGGUUCAUUUACUCGUUGGAGGUUUCUUGUUUACAAAUGAAAACGAAAAUGAUUCCUACCAAUAUUUAGUGAGUUAUUUAGUGAUAAUAAGAAACUGAUUUAUGUGGUUGACUUGAAUGCCACUAAAACAGUAAUUCAAGAUUCAGAUAACUUUUCAUUAUGAUUUGUUAUUGAACUUUGUCAUUAUUUAAACUUAAACUUUGACAGCUGUUGUCACUGGCACAGCAACAGCUGACAAAAGCAAAUACACGUUAUGAAUCACCCUAUACACAUUUAUUUCAUUACUCAAGACUAAACAAAUAUUUAUAUGACAUUAUACCGUUAUAGCGAAUAUUAUAAUAGCUCUCAAAGUGAAGUAAAGUAAAUACAAGUAUAGUCUUUAUUAUUCGUUAGGGCUUCUAAUGUGUAAUAUUUAAAGCCGUCGAUCAUAAUACUUAAAGAAACGCGCAAAAAUAUAAUACAAUUGUAAAUAGUUCAAGGUUGCUAUAUUGAGCAGUACACGUACAUUUUCGAAGCAUACAGUUAAAGCCCUCUUUUCUAGCGAGAUUGUGAAACUUCAAUUUAGGGAAUUACCAUAAUGCAGAGUGAACCAAUUAUUUUUUUCUAAGUAUAUUAAAUAUGAAAUAUCAUAAAUUAAGUGAUCGCUGUAUAGUAAAUAAUUAAUAUUUAAAAUAAAAAAAAAA